AUGAGACGGGUAGUAGUGACAGGCUUAGGGCUUGUAACCCCUCUCGGAUUAGGUGUUCGACAAACAUGGAAGCGUUUGAUCGACGGCCAAUGCGGCAUCAUUUCCAUCAAAGAUAGAAGCUCAGAAUUCGCAUUACUACCUAGUCAGGUGGCUGGCUUAGUUCCUCAAGGCAGCAAAAGCGAUGGCAAAUGGAACACGAAGGAGCAUUUGAGUCCUACUGAUGAACGUCGCAUGGCGCGCUUCGCACAAUAUGCCAUGGUUGCAUCUGAGGAGGCUUUGAAUGAUGCUAGCUGGUUUCCGAAGAAAGAAAACGAUCUUGAGGCCACAGGAGUAUACAUGGGAUCUGGCAUUGGCAGCCUAGAUGACGUGUACGAUACCACAGUUGCUUAUGAGAAAGGCGGCUACCGAAAGGUAUCCCCACUCUUUGUUCCACGCCUGUUAAUCAAUCUCGCUGCGGGCCACAUCUCUAUGCGAUAUGGCUUCAAGGGGCCAAACCACGCGGCAACCACAGCGUGCACGACUGGAGCACACAGCAUCGGAGACGCUUCACGACUGAUCCAGUUUGGUGACGCUGAUGUGAUGAUCGCUGGCGGAGCUGAAUCAUGCAUCCAUCCUCUGGCCAUCUCGGGGUUCUCUAGAGCCAGGAGUUUGGCCACCGAGUUCAAUGAUCGACCAUUAGAAUCAAGUCGGCCCUUCGAUCGAGAACGGGAUGGAUUUGUCAUAGGAGAAGGAGCUGGAGUUGUGAUACUUGAAGAAUUCGAACACGCGAAGAAACGAGGUGCGAAUAUCUAUGCUGAGGUCGCGGGCUACGGACUAUCUAGCGACGCAUACCACAUGACGGCACCUCGCGAAGAUGGUCAAGGACCACGUCUUGCUAUGAAGCACGCACUGCGGCACGCUGGUAUCAAGCCUAGUGCUGUCGAUUACGUUAACGCGCAUGCUACAAGUACCCCACUGGGUGAUGCUGCGGAGAAUCGAGCCAUCAAAGAGCUAUUGCUGGGCGAAGAUGGAAAGGACGCCGCUUCUAAAAUCAACGUGAGCAGUACGAAAGGUGCAAUCGGGCACCUUCUCGGCGCUGCAGGUAGCGUAGAGUCUAUAUUCACGAUUCUCGGGAUGCAUCAUAACACUCUACCUCCGACUCUGAAUCUUCAAAACCCAGGCGAUCCAGCGGAUGAAUUCGAUUGCAAUUACGUCGCCAAUGCUGCUCAGCAACACAGCGUCAACGUCGCGCUCUCAAACAGCUUCGGUUUUGGUGGCACCAACGCAUCCCUUUGCUUUCGCAAGAUUUGA